UGUAAUCGUGCCAGAGGGAACACCGCGCGGUCACAGGAUGGUGCACGAUCGAAUGAAGUGUCUCCGAGGGAGCGUAUGCUACCAUGUAUGUCGAUAACACGUAAGCGACGCCCGUCGGUCACAUACAAGUUCCCUUGCGCAUCGAAAGAAAGGCCCUUUGGGAAGAACAACUGUGCAUCAGUGGCUGGUCCACCAUCACCGCAUGAAUCGGCUGCUGCAGGACAUGCCGUUCCAUCUCCAGCCAAUACCUCAUGAUUUGCAGUUGGAUCCAGCGGAAAAUGACUGACAACUCUCCAGAUCUGUUUGUGAAGAGGAAGAGAGAUUACCAGAAAUCCAUCUACUGGACUGACAGCCAAGUAGUAAGGAUACGAAGUGUCAGGAAGACUCAACGACAAUACAGUGGUGAUUUGCCCAUCAGGGCCAACACGUCUUACAUGGUUAUGGUCACCAAUGAAAACACACCCAUCCAAGCCGUGUGCCAGUGCCGAUGGACGAAAGAGGUCGGCCUCCGCUACAGGACCGUUACAAUUCUGACAUUCGAGCUGGCGACGCUUGCCGGAUCCAGCGAAUAACUCUACCAUGGGCACUGAGUUUGCUAUGAAUCGUCGACCACCGUUACCCAUUUCCAGUACACCUUAACAGCAGAAGGAAAAUUCCAUUAACGAAGCAAGCAAUUUUCCAGAGUGAGCGGUGUUACCAUUCACGACAUCCAAGUGAUGGUGAAUGUCCACACUCCAAGCUCCGCCUUCAAGGCGACGUGCACGUGCGCCUUCCAUGAACACUCGACGGCUGAUCCAUGAUACCUCGGACGGUCGACCACAGCCUCGAUAUUCAUACCCGAUUUUCACGUCGGCUGGGAUCAUUCCAUGAUCACUUUGGCGAUACACGUUCAACUUGUCCCAGGACCAUACGUACGUCAAGUUUUCACGAGGUGCUAGGCUCUUCUCAAAUGUCCUUCCUGAUAUUUUCACUAUCACAUGGACGAGACGAAGAUCAGGAUCGACAUUGUUCGGCAGAAGCCCCAAGACCAGCGUAGACUGCGAUGCUGUUACUCUUGAUGAGUCGUAAACCAAGCGUAGAGAUGAACCGGGGAGUGGAAGGCUCUGAACGAUACUUCGUGUAUCGACCAACAAUGUUGGUGCAAUCGACGAAGACGGUAUUCCAUCUGUAGAAACGGCCCACUCUGGGCGAAGUAUAGGUACCGGCAAUACUCGAUUAGCGACGGAACACUCUGGACGAGCACUAAGUUCGCGUUGUCGUUCCCGUGCCAUUUUGAUCGGUUCGACGACGACAAUCUCAUUUGGGGGUACAUAGACGCUUCGUUUGAGCCGUUGAAAAGGACUUCUCAAAAACUGCAGGUUCACUGUACGGCCACCGUUGACUAGUAAAUCAAAUUCACCAUCGAGCCUGGUGAGGGUGAAGCCAUAUAGGGGAUUCGCUGCAUCCGACACCUAAAUAAAAUGAGUAUUAACCGGAACUCGGAAAAUUUUGGGACAGUCAAUUCAUUUUUUUCAAUAUUUGUGGUGGGUCCAAAUAUAUUAGCACCGUACCCUCACUCCUGGCAGUGCUACCGUACUUUUACUGUCACCAUUCGCUCCUCCAUUCCAAACGACACGACCACGAAUAACCGAUAUCAUGCUGGAAGAAGUUGGCGUUUUGAACGGCUGGUAGCCGUAGCAACACAUCCACAGGGGUUGGUACAGCUGCACAGACAGCUUCUCGUGAGCAUUCCGUUGACGAGCAGCACUCCGGAUCAUCGCAGUCAAUCAAGCCAUCAUUGUCAUUAUCGAGCCCAUCCUGGCAAUCUGUUUCCACCGGAACAGCGCAAUCGUCACCGAUGAAAGACGGCUGGCAAUCGCAUCGCCAUCCAUCACCGUCUCCGCCUGGUAACAACCCCCAACGACAUUCGCCAUGCCCAGAACACGAUAAUGGACAACCUUCUAUAUGACAAUUUCCUCCGUUCCAUCCCUUGUCACACAAGCAUGUGCCGUUCUUCAUGCACUUACCAUGAUCCAGACAACCUAUGGCGCAAUCCGCGUGAUCACAAAGAUUGCCAACCCAGCCAGCUUCACAUAUACACAGGCCACCCCUGCACAGACCAUGUUCGCAUGGUGGACACACCUCUUUUUCACAGUCCUUCCCUUCCCAUCCACGAUCGCACCGGCAAGUAUCAACCACAUAUUUACCAUGGUCAUUACAUUUCGGUGGUUGCAAUAUCAUCAAUUCACAGCCCUCUCCGGUCCAACCCUUCUCACACUGACAUACACCCUCGUCUCCACAUCGUCCAUGACCGCUGCAGUCUGGGAUUUCACACCAAUGAGCAUGAACAUCGCAUUCCUUCCCUUUGAAUCCAGUCCGGCAUACACAUGCGCCACCAGAGAACACUCCGUUACCACUGCAGACUACCGGGCAAACAGACUCUUCACAAGCCUCUCCCAUAAAUCCUGGAGCACAUUUACAUCGCCCACUAGAAAGGCAUUCACCGUGACCGUUACAAUCAGCAUCACAUCGAACCGCUAA